UUUUCGCGUCGUCUUCGUUGCAUCUACUUCGAACUCAGCUGCAAGACCAGGCAAACACUACGACUCUCCUAUCAUCAUAUUUAAGAUCUUCUUCUACUCACUCAACAGACCAUCUUCUUCUUCUUCUUCCUUAUUCACACUUCCCACGUAGAGAGGGGGGGCCGGUGUUGAAAGAUUUUGAGUGAGAGGGAGAGAUUAAAAGCUUCUUGUGCAGUAGUUCGUGAGUGAAAGAAAAAUGGUGGAUCCGAACCACGGCGCAGAUUUUCCGGCUGUUUCGACUCACGGAGGGCAGUUUAUUCAGUAUAACAUAUUCGGAAACCUCUUCGAAGUUUCAGCGAAGUACAGGCCUCCUAUUAUGCCAAUUGGCCGCGGUGCAUAUGGAAUCGUCUGCUCGCUGCUGAAUACGGAGACUAACGAAUCGGUGGCUGUUAAGAAGAUAGCGAACGCUUUUGACAAUCUCAUGGACGCUAAGCGCACGCUCCGUGAGAUCAAGCUUCUUCGGCAUUUGGAUCAUGAAAAUGUAAUUGCUCUGAGAGACGUGAUUCCACCACCCCUGCGUAGAGAGUUUACCGAUGUCUACAUGGCCAUGGAACUCAUGGAUACUGAUCUUCACCACAUCAUCCGCUCAAAUCAAAUUCUCUCGGAAGAGCACUGCCAAUACUUCUUGUAUCAGAUUCUUCGUGGGCUAAAGUAUAUACAUUCUGCAAAUAUCAUCCAUAGAGAUUUGAAGCCAAGUAACCUUUUGCUGAAUGCAAACUGUGAUUUGAAGAUAUGCGAUUUUGGCCUCGCACGAACGACUUUGGAAAAUGAUUUUAUGACAGAAUAUGUAGUCACUAGAUGGUAUAGGGCUCCUGAAUUGUUAUUGAACUCCUCAGAUUACACCUCUGCGAUAGAUGUGUGGUCUGUAGGUUGCAUCUUCAUGGAGCUGAUGAAUAAAAAGCCUCUAUUUCCUGGCAAGGAUCAUGUACAUCAGAUGCGCCUAUUGACUGAGCUUCUCGGCACGCCAACUGAGGCUGACAUUGGAUUAGUGAAAAAUGAGGAUGCAAGAAGGUAUAUCCGACAACUACCCCAAUAUCCUCGCCAAUCUUUAGCAAGGGUUUUCCCUCAUGUUCAUCCCUUAGCCAUUGAUCUCAUUGAUAGAAUGUUGACCAUUGACCCUACACGAAGAAUUACAGUUGAAGAAGCGUUAGCGCAUCCAUAUCUUGCUAAGCUGCAUGAUGCGGCUGAUGAGCCAGUCUGCGCCGAGCCAUUCAACUUUGAUUUUGAGCAAAAUCCCUUGGAAGAAGAGCAAAUAAAAAAUAUGAUCUACGAGGAGGCAUUGGCAUUUAAUCCAUUUCACGUAUAAAGCAAAUGCACAAGGCAUAUGAAAUUUAGUGUGGGGUGGAAGAACCUAUGAACUGCGACAUUGUCAUCCGCAAAGUUCACGGCAAUGGAAUUUUCGGAGGAGGAAUCAUGUCGAGAUGACCGAGCAAAUUGCUAGGAAAUCCUGUUCCAUAUGUUUUAUUUUUGCACCAGUGAGUGCACAUCUACUGUAAAAUAGCUCUUUGUAAUGAUAAUUUCCACUCUAACUUUGUGUAUUCAAUUAAGCUGGGUUUUUUAAUUCAAUGAAUAUUUCAGUUGCAUAUGUGAUUUGUGUUGUAACAUUUUUAAUCCCUCAACAGACAGCUUUUUGGCCAUGUAACACAGUGUAGUGGACGAAUUCGGGAAGUAAAAUUUCUUCCUCAAGUU